CUUGCAUUGCCGGAGCGAGAGCACCGUUGUAGUGUGUAUAGUCGAGGAAGGUAAUCCAGUGGGUCAUGGAAGCAAUCGAGAUCCGUUGCCACCCACGUGCUUUGUCGGCAUUGGCUACAAACUCCCUUCCCCACACGUGAGAACAUGCCGUCCGGCGCCAGCAGCCGCAUGCACACGCGCAUGACGGCGGCGAAGCCUCAGGCGACCAGACUGCAACGAUGGCAACUCGUCCUCCAUCUCGACUUGACAAGUGCCUUUAUCACUCCACAUGGGAAGAUGGAUACAUCGCGAUUUCAAUUUGUGUCCCAAAAGCGGCCAGCUUUGAAUCUGCGUAUCAAACGGCAGCUUGCCACGGGGGAAUCGACCGGUACGACUGGAAUACCUAGCCGACGCGGGGCACUUGGGACGAGUGGUCGCCCUUGGAGGGCACUAAGUCACAAAACACCACUCGGUAGACAUCAGAGCCCCCAGAAUUCCCUUGAGAACUUCCGCGCGAAGCCGCUUGACCGGGACGUGAUACCUUUGACGCCGACCGAAUUGCGACAUUCCUUGGCCAAGCGUUCAUGGCCGUCUUCGAGUUCUCGCAGGGUUUAUCGCCGCCGUGGACGGGCAGAAGGCCAAUGGCAUGUGUACAAUCAAUCCACGUGGAUGGCAUGUCUAGUCGCACUGGGGUCGUGCGUUGUGUGGAGCGCGCGACAGGUCAUGAAGUGCAUCUUGUCUUCAUUGAGACGUCACGGCUGAAUUGAAGGUGCCGUGGCAGUAACGAGAAAUGCCAAGGCUUGCUGCAGGUUGGCCAGUUCGUCCUCGACCCGUAUGGCGGCCUCCCAUGGCGUGAUGGGUUUGACGUUGAUGUCGGUCCUGGCAAUGAUGGCAGGUGUGUCCUGCGAAACACCAAUGGACGACUCUUCCAUUGUAAUGGCGACUUCGCCGUCGUUGGGCUCGUUUGGCGAUGUGGCUAUGCACGAUAGGAGGGGCUCCGAGUCGAGUGUAUUGUGAGGACCAGUGAAUGUAGAAGGGAGAUGGCCCAUCACCGCGAGCUCGGCCAGUUGCGACAGUGGUUUUCUAUCAACGGGUCGACGACCUUUGCUAGUCUUGAUCGAUUUGUG